GAUGUAUCGGAUGCGACAUCAACAACCCCAUCGGACUUGGCACGGCAGCCAGAAAUUCGAGCGUUUCGUGUUAAAAACUGGCUACGAAAAAACAAUAAAUAGUUGGUGUGAUCAGUGCCCAGUGUGUUUAAAAUAUUAACUAAAACCAUUUCAUUCAAUUAAACGCAGCUAUUCUGCGUAGUGAGUGUGCGAGAAGGACGGGCGCUGGGCCCGAUAGCCGUAACGUGUGUGCCAGAAAGGGACCGGCAUAGUUAGCUAGAAAAGAAUCAUUUUGUAGCUGCUUUGUUUGUGUGUUUGGCAUUCACAUUUCCCCCAUUCAAUAUUUAAUUUAGUGAGCCAUUAACGAGGCGGAAAUCGGAAUAAUGCAUAAGAUAAUGGUCUAGUAAAGCUGAAAAUCCGUACAAUAAAUAGUAUGUGCGGAAGAAACUUGCCUGACAUGGAUGCAUGGAUCAAAAGUUCGCUGUAAAUAGAUUAGGCAGAGAGAUAAACAAUGAAAACAAUAACGCCGGAUACGACGACGGCGUCACAGCACCAACAACUUCUCAUUCCACAAGCGGAUCAGCAUCACCAGCCGAUGCUGCAGCAGCAGUCCUUGUUGGCCGCUCCACCGCCUCCGAUUAUAAUGGAGCAUGUGAAUCUGGUGGACGACGACGAGAAGGAUCCACUUGCGCUGGAGCAGCUGGAGGUGUCUCCCUCUACCAAGCACACGCACAGUCUGAGACGCCACCUGCCACGCAUUAUCGUGAAACCCAUACCACCUGAGAAAAAGCCGAUGGCGCCCAGUGAAGAGGCAGUUGUCGGUCCUGCUACUGCUCCGCCUCAGCGCCUGAUCUGCAGCCGUCGCAUCCAGCAGCAGCAACAGGUCAAAGCGGCAGCAGCAGCGGCGGCGGCGGCGGCAGCAGCAGCAGCAGCAGCAGCAGCUGCUGCGACUGCAGCGGCUUCAGCUCAAGCCCAAGCCGCUGCCAGUUUUCCAUCCGCCAUCUCACCAGGUAGCAAGGCUGGUUCCUCGCAAGCUUCGACUAUGCGGGAGGUCCUAGCCUCCAUACCCGGAUUUAGUGUUAAGCCCCGUCGGAGGAGCAAUAAAAAGCUGACGACAGCUGCGCAAAUUGAGCAAACAAAAGACGGAAAGAUCGACCUGGAGACUCCAGACUCAAUACUGGCCUCCACUAACCUGAGGGCGCUGCUGAAUAAACAAACGUUUUCGCUGCUGCCGCCCCUCUAUCAAUAUAAUCUCAUACAACUGCUGCCAAGCGUGGAUCGCGAGGCUAGCGAACUGGAGCUGCCAAGCGGCAGUGGCAGUGAAGGUAAUCCCUCUGAGGCUAUACGGCUAAGUGCCUCUUGCCUGAAUAACGAAUUCUUUGCCCGAGCCUGCCUGGAAUGGAGGGAGCGGCUAAGCGAAGGCGAAUUCACACCGGAGAAUCAGUUGAAGCUCAAAACAGAGGCCGAGCGAGAGAAGAACAAGCUGGAUCCCUGGAAGCUGAAACACUUUGAGCCCUUCUGGGGCGAGAAGAACUCCAAAUCCAAGGGAAAGCUAGAGAGCGAUUCCAAGGAUCAGAAGCUAUUGGCCAGCAUUAAGAGUGAGCAAAAACCACCAGCGACAUCGCAACAAAAACCACAGCAACAACAAGCAACAUGUGAUAAUGAGACUGAAUUAAAAUUUGAUUUGAGCACAAAGUGCGAAACGACAGCAGCAACCACAAAAACUACAGUAGCAACAGCAGUAGCAGCUAAAACAAGCACACCGGCUGCCCCAAGCAGCCAGAAUAAUGUGCUAAACGAACAGCAACGCCGUAUACUCAAACGUCCAUCGAGCAGUCCUUCGCAACGCAGACAGGCACCUACAACGAUAGCCACUAUAACACUGGACGAUGAUCCUGACGAGCUACCCAGUACAUCGAAGGAUAGUAAGCAGCCAAAGAUGGCCGAAAAUGUUCCUAAUGUUGCGUCAGGGAAUGUUGUAGCUACGCCAGAGGUUGAUGUUGUGGAUCAUGCCGCAGCAGAAACGAAAAUAAAAGAUGAGCAGCAGCACCAACGACAACAUCAGCCACUUAUCAACAGUACCUGUGAUAAAAUUGAGCCAUCUGAGUGCAGUGUGCAGGAGGUGAUCGUUGCCAUGAAACAACAAGCGAAUGAUAUAGAAGAUGAGAAGCCGGCUCUACCUUGCAACUUGCAAAUCGCUAUUGUUACCCCAUGCCCACAAAAGCCAGAGACGUUGCCAACAAACCCGGAGGUGGUCAACCAAUUUGUGAGCUACUUGCAAAGCGUUGAACUAACAGCUGAUACCAAAGCGCCUUUGGACAAUGCAAACGAGGCAGUAAUAACGACAGAAACAAACAGCCAUGAUUUUGUUUUUUCAGAUACCAUUGACCACGCCUAUUUCCAAGACCAUCAAUCAACCAUCAAUCACGACUACUUCACUUCAUCCUCAUCGUCCAACACGGCGGCAACUGCAGCUAUAAAACUGGAAGAGCAAAGUGAUAAGCUGGAGGACACACCAAUGCCCAUUGCAAGCUCAAUUUCUGGGUCGACGCCUGCCAGUUCGAUAACCUCCACAAGCUGCACCUCGUCCUCAUCCUCCACAGCCUCUAUGUCAUCUUCAUGCUCUAGUAGCAAUUCCGGCUCGACGACGACCGCGCCAACGACAUCAUCAUCGACCGGGACAGCUACAGCUCCAUUAACACUAGCGGCGGCAGCUGAAUGCACUUUGGCGAAUGUCCAAGCCAUGCUCUCAACGGUGGCCAAGUUGCAGCAGCAACUUCCCGCGGAGUUAAACUCCAGUGAAAUGUACCAGAAUGUGCAGCACGAUUGGAACUUUGGCGACAUUAAGUUGAGCAGCUCUCAAUCAACGGUAGAUCAGCAGCAAAACCUCAGCCAUGAAGCUAUUGAUCUAAUGGAUGUAGUGCAGGAUGCCGACGUCAUCGACGAUAUUAUGGAGAAUGAUGUGUGCCACGAGGUGCUUGAUGACGAAGAGGAGGAAGAAGAAGAGGAGGAGGAAGAGGAUGAAGUGGUGGAAUGUAUCACGGAGGAUCAGCAAGAUCAGCAGAUGAUGGAUGACGAUAGCGAAGCCGUGCGCGAAAUAGUGGACAAGCUGCAGCAACAUCAACAGCAACAACAGCAGCAGCAGCAACACCAGCAGUUGCAUAUCCAGGAUGUAGUUCAAUUGUCUCAGCAUUCCUUUAUGCCACAAGCCCAUAGCGAGUACGGAAACGAGAUCGCGCAGGAAAUGCUCUGCGACACUGUUCCAAUGUCUGCUGCCGAAAUGGAGGUGUCAAGCACAGUGAUAACCAACAGCAGUAAUAGUAACGACAGUAGCAACAAUCUUAGUCUAUGCAGCAGCAGCAACAGUCUCACAAUAAAUCAACAGCAACCAGCGCAGCAGCAGACUCAGCAAAACACUCAACCAACUGCAUCGCAACAACGACAGAUACUAGUAGACUCCAAUGGUCAAAUAAUUGGGAAUUUUCUGUUGCAACAGCAGCGCCAGCAACAACUUCUGCAACAGUUCCAAUUGCAGGCGGCUGCAGCACAACAGCAGCAGCAGCAACAACAGCAGCACCAACAACAGCAAGCAACUAGUAGCAAUGCCUUGACCAAGACAUUGCCAGUGGCUCUUCGCAAUGGAGCUCAACAGUUCUUGUCUCCUAAUUUGCUUGCCCAACAGCACCAGCAACAACAACAACUGGAACAGCAACAACACCAGGCCGCUGCUCAACAGAAGCAACAACAGAUUCAGCAGUUUGCCCUGCAACAAGCGCAAUUGCAUCAGCGGCAACUGCUGGCUCAGGCCGCUAACAACAAUCUACUACAGCAGCAGCAGCAGCAGCAACAGCAACAAAAUGUUGCGCCAGCGACAACGCAGCCUAAAUUCAUAGCUAAGCCAUUGAAUAUCAUCUCUAUGACGCGACCUGCUAAUGCAUCGCCUACCAUAGCAGCAACAACAGCAAAUACCGCAACUAUUCCGUCCGCCUACGCCAAUGUUGUUGCUGUGACAGCACCGCAACAGCAGCAAUCGCCGCCAGUACCUGCCCCCCAACAGCAGCAGCAGCAGCAAACAAACCAGCAGCAGCUGGCCAAUCAUAACAGCAAUAUGCAGCAGUUGCCCUCUAUCCCCAAUGUGCUGACAAUGAAAACCCUGCCGCCAUCGGGAGUGCCAACCACCAUUGCCCAGCAAAGAUUGCAGCCGAAAAUGCCAACGGGCAAAGGUCGCAAGGCCACGAGCAACAGGCUGCCACCGGGUGCGGUCAAUCUGGAGCGUAGCUAUCAAAUCUGCCAGGCAGUUAUUCAAAACAGUCCAAAUCGCGAGAACCUCAAGGCUCAACUACGACCACCUGCCGCAAUUCUCAACCAGCAUCAGCAACCGACGGCCACCACUGCAGCAACGCCUGUGAAUCCUGUGACCUUGAAUGUUUCAACAGUGGCUGCCACACCCAUGUCAAACAUAACGACGGCUAGUGGGAGUAUGGCAGCAGCCGUGGCUGCAGCCCCAGCUCAGAAUAUUUUGAAACAAGAGGAGGUCUUGGUUAGUGGAGCAGUUGGUGCCGGAGCUUUGCCUGCUGGUUUACCUCCAAAUGUAAUGGGUGUCGGGCGUCCAGGAGUAUAUAAGGUCAUUGGACCCCGAAUGAGCGGUUUCCCGCGAAAGAAAUAUGUUCAAAGAAAGCCCUCACCAACCACGCUCAUCCGGCAUGUGUUUACUCCCGGACCUGGCGGAGCUACAGCUACUCCGCAACAAUUGCAAUUACUACAGCAACAUCAUCAAUCAGCUAGUUCACCGGUGACAGUGCAAAAUCCUCAGCAAUCGGGACCGGAGCAAUUGAUCCAUCAAAAUGGCAGCGGGCAAUAUGUUCUCGUUCAUCGGGCAAAUGUGGGAGCAGCUGACAAUCAAGCGCCAAGGGCCUCCAGUGCACCACCGAUGCAUCAAAACCAGUUUGUCACUGUUCAGAAUCCGCUGCAUAGUCUGAACGGCAUUCCUAUGGGUGGACGCGGGCGUCCAGCAUCGGUGGAUACAACGGCAGGCAAUAGCGGUAACGUUUUAGCGCCAACAAUUUCCGCCACAGAUACGUUGCAUCAUCAUCACCACGAACUGCAGCAACAACAACAGCAACAACAACAGCAGCAGCAGCAGCAACAACAUCAGCAGCCGCAGCCGCUGGGCAAUGUGGGCGCCGCCGCGAAUAUUGUGCGGCGCAAUAUCGCUGCAGGUUCAAAUAUCGGCUAUAUUGACGGCGGUAAUACCAACUCAUCGGCGGUCGCUCUCAUGGAGGCUGGCAAUAACUACAUAGUAACGACCAAUUCAACACCAUCUGCAGCACCUUCACCUAUCAACCAGCAGCAACAAUCACAACAAUCUGCAACACAACAUCAGCAUCCACUGUUGCAAUUGCAUCAGAGCGGGGAGAACACACCGCCAGGCAUCGAGACAACAGCAACAUCAAAUAAUUGCGCCUGCUCACUAAAUGCAAUGGUUAUCUGCCAGCAGUGCGGAGCUUUCUGCCACGACGAUUGCAUCGGUGCGGCCAAGCUGUGCGUCGCCUGUGUGAUUAGAUGAGAUGGAUAACGUAUUAUAGUUACUUAGAUACCCCUAUCUUUAGACGAUCCCAGUAGAGAGAAUCCCCGAAUGUUUGAAUUGUUGUGAAGUAUAUAGCAAUUGAAGAGCAAAGGCGAAAACCAAGUGUACAACAAACAGAAACAGAAACAUAAGAAAACAAAACAACGCAAGUGCAGAGGCUUACGCACAGACGCAGACCAUACAUAAAUGUAUAUUAUAAUUCAUUUGCAAUUCAUGUAAACUAAGCAAACUGGCAAUUCGUAACACUUUUUGUAUAAAGAGUAGGGAAGAGAUGGAGUUAAGCCUAAAAUGCAAGCUAGUGUUGUGUAUUUUGUGCUUGUUGCAUAUCCCUUAAGAUACUCGUUGUUUUUUGUGAUUGUUUAAGGAUAUCACAAGCACUCUAAAAACAAAAACAAACAAUAGAAUUCGAUAUGAAAACUAUAAUUUAAAUAACGGCAAAGCAAAUAUGAACGAAGUUGAUGAUAAGGGGCAUACAUAAGUAAAGCAUAAAAAACAACUAAAGAAACUAAUUCUAAUGUAAAUAUUUAUGUUUUAAAUGUAAUUUAUAUGAAACCAUAUAAAGUACAUACAAGAAUAGGUUAGCAUAUGGAUUCACUUACGUCUGAUGACUAUAUUUUUAUAAUUUAUUCGCUGUAUGUGCGUGAUUUGGUUGGUUCGAUUUUGAAUAUACGAACUUGAUCAAUAUACUUAUUGUUAAUUAAGUAUACUUUAAUUUACUGUGUAAUUUAUGAAAUAUUCAUAAUGUAUUUUGAAAACGCUUGGGCCCCAGGGCUUAGGCUUUAAUUCGUAAUUUUCUAAGUUUAGUAUUAUCCACCCAACAACAUCCACAUAUAGACACUCACCCAAGCGAUCUAAGACUCUCCACGCCCACAUUUCUUUAGCAUAUAGCUCAUAAACAUAAAUGUAAAACAACACGUAAUUGAUUUCAAAAACAAGACCCUAUAAGUUAAGCUAAACCUGUUGAUAAAUAUAAAACAAACAAAAAAAAAAAUACAAUGAAAAUUAUGAAAAAAGUGAAAACAAGCUAUUAACGGAAAAAUGAAAAGAGUAUGAGGAAACAAUACGAAUUAUAGCCAGUAAAUCAACAGCAACAUCAGCAAGAAGCACUGGCGAGAUAAAACCAAAUUCAAAACCUAAACGAAGAACAACAUUUUGCUCCUAGAUGCACUCACCGCAAAAUUAACCAAUAAAUAAACAUUAUUACAAAUAAAUUUUGAAAAUAAGAAAGUAA